GAUCUAGGGCUGGUCUUUGACAUCCUGACAGCCUGGAUAGUGAACAGCAGGUGCAAAGUUGCAGAGUAGACAGUUCGGUACCACAGCAGUGCAAAGCAGUUUGUGAUCUCUUGGUGAAGCUACAUCCAACAGGAUGGUGUUUCGAUCGGCAUUUUGCUGCAACCACGGGAUGCAUGGACCAGAAAGCUGAUUGGCAUCCUCCUACGGGUGCUUGCAAUCUGCACAGUUUUGACGGUGCAGUUCACAAUCCCAGAGAUUUGUGGGCCGCACCGCGGAUGACAAGCGAAAAUGACAAUGCUACACUCCAGUGGGCUGCGCGAGAUGGGUCUGAUUGCGAAUCAACAUGGCGUUUGGACAUCAAUUCUUCAAACUUGCGGGCUGUACCGCGUAUGGCAAGCCAGCACGACAAUUGUGCUUCCCAGCGGGCCAUGCCGCAUGUGCGUCAAUUUGUGCCAUUGAGUGAUCCAAGCGAAGCAUCAUGGAGUGAGCGCAUGUUGGAUCUAUUUCCCUGUCGAAGAUUUCUCCUGUCGAAGCAGUGUGACUCGUCAGGCCACUGAGCCAGGCCUGACAGAACACAUCACUGAAGGUUCAGAUUUUCAGCCUUGUAGGUCCAGACAUGUGGGUAUCACAAGCAGUCCC